AUGGGAAGACUUAGCGGUGCUCAGCUUCGUAGCCUCUGGUCCGGGCCUAGGGUUAGACUCAUGCAUGCAACUUCGCCUGAUGAAGCACCCCAGGUCCUCUUUAACGCUAUUCCGAAGAACAUGAUAGCAUAUUUUUCUCCGGUCCUCAAGGAUUGUUUCCCAGCUAUAGGUGUGGCUCGCGUAAACCGCCAGGGAUGCGAUGGAGAGAAAGUGGCUACUCUAUACGGUGGUUUGAAGCAAGCUUUCAUCAUCAUCUUCAACUGGAUGACCAAGUCUUGCGAAGGUCAAGGCCUGGCCUGGAUUGAGCGCAUGAACUAUACGAAAUACGCCCGAGUCUUUGAAGCUGCUAAACUCCUUUGUGUGGAGUUGGUUAGUGAAGACAUGCUCACCCGCAUGAACAAGAUGGCCAACACCCAGAUCCGCAUUGAAGAUGUGAGGUUGAUCUAUCAGUUCUUCCCCAAGCACUCUGAGCCACGCCAGAUCGUUAUCCGAAGCAUUGGUGAUGCAGUCUUCGAUAGACGCUUGCGUGCAUGGGCCCUAUAUAAGGAAUUCAAAAUUGACUGCCGUGAAUAUGACUAUGAUAUUUAUGAGUACGUGGAGAAAAAGCGCCAUGCUGUUGCUGAGAAAGAACAGAGACAACGUCUGCUCGAGAACCAGGGCAAACGAAGACGGCCCCGCAAAAGCAAGCUGCAGCAGACCAAAGAGGCGGACGAUACCACAGAUGAGAACACUGCGAAUCAAGUGGUAGCCACAAAAGUGACUGGAGUGGUCUCUCGCAAGGGAAAAGGGGGCCAACCAACCUAUGUCAGUGUCACUCUGGACAAAUUUGGCGUUGAUAAUGCAGACUACAGACCUCGCUAUUAG